CCAGGCGGGGAUUAGCUUGAGAGCUCCAGAUCUCGCGCUCUCAUCCUGUUUGUUUGUUUUUUGGUACUGGGGAUCGAACUCGGGUCCUUGAGAUUGCAAGGCAGGCAGCGGAACCAUUGAGCUAAAUCCCCGGCCCAAUCCCCAGUUUUCUUGACUCUUCACCACACGCUAUUACAAGUACGCGGGUCUGUAUCUAGCUUCCGCGGAGCAGCCCAGGCGGCGAGAUCUUCUGUGGCAGCUCUGGUCUAGGCGGUGGUCUGCGGGACUGGGGCUUGAGUCAGAAUAAGAUCCUGGCCGGACGCAGUGGACUCUGCAACCCGCAAGAUGGAAGGGACAGAGGGCAAUCCGGGGCAGCCCGGCCCCGCUGAGCAGUCCCAUCGAAGCAGCGUGUCCUCCGUGGGAGCCCGAGCGGCUGAUGUGCUGGUGUACCUGGCUGACGACACAGUGGUGCCCUUGGCCGUGGAGAACCUGUCCUCACUCAGUGCCCACGAGCUGCACCGCGCAGUCCGGGAGGUCCUGCAGCUCCCGGACACCGCCCUGGACGCCUUCGCGCUCUGGCUUGUCUCCCCUCUGCUGGAGGUGCAGCUGAAGCCCAAGCACCAGCCCUACAAGCUGGGCCGCCAGUGGCCGGAGCUGCUGCUGCGCUUCACGGAUGCCCCAGAUGAUGACGUGGCCAUGGACGAGCCUUCCCUGCAGUUUCGGAGGAAUGUGUUCUUCCCAAAGUGGCGAGAGCUCCAGAUCGGCGACGAGGAGGUCCUGCGGCUGCUCUACGAGGAGGCCAAGGGCAACGUGCUAGCCGCUCGGUACCCAUGCGACAUGGAGGACUGUGAGGCCCUGGGUGCCCUGGUGUGCCGUGUGCAGCUUGGGCCUUACCAGCCUGGCCAGCCUGAGACCUGCACCCUGAGGGAGAAGCUGGACUCCUUCCUCCCUGCCCACCUCUGCAAGCGGAGCCAUGGCCUCUUUGCUGCCCUCCGGGGCCGCGGAGCCAAGGCGGGGAUAGGCGAGCAGGGCCUGUUGAAUGCCUACUGUCAGGUGAAGGAAGCAGUCAGAAGUGAUGGCGCACACGAGGGCACCCUGGGCUUCCACUAUCGUGCCUAUCUCCUUAAGUGCCACGAGCUGCCCUUCUACGGGUGUGCCUUCUUCCGUGGUGAGGUUGACAAGCCGGCCCAGGGCUUUUUGCACCGUGGUGGACGAAAGCCCGUGAUUGUGGCCAUCAGUCUGGAGGGCGUGCAUGUCAUCGACAGCAGGGAAAAGCACGUCCUGCUGGGCCUGCGCUUCCAGGAGCUGUCGUGGGACCACACCUCCCCAGAGGAGGAGGAGCCUGUCCUGUGGCUGGAGUUCGAUGGGGACACCGAGGGCCUUCCCGUCAACAAGCUGCUCAGGAUCUACUCCAAGCAGGCUGAGCUGAUGAGCAGCCUCAUUGAGUACUGCAUCGAGCUGAACCAAGCUGCGGAACCCAUGGCCCCCCGGCAGAGUACGUCUGGGCCCCACUCAACUCCCGACCCUUCGUCGCCUCCCACUCAGCGCCCCAAGCUGCGGAGGCAGAGCAGUGUAGUGUGCAGCCGGAUCCAGCACCUCUCCACCAUUGACUAUGUGGAAGAUGGCAAGGGGAUCAAGCGGGUGAAGCCGAAGCGUUCUAUGUCCUUCUUCAGCCGGCAGCUCUCCACAGGCCAGCGGGGCUACACUGUGGUGCAGCCUGCUGACAGCCUGGAGCAGGGCUGAGGACGGCUGCACCAGGCAGGAGGAGGGCACUGGGGACCCAGCCUCUGGACCUGCCCUGGCACUGUCCUCCCAGGCAGGGGCCAGGCACAUCAGUCCAAAGCCUGUGUACAUGGCAGCAAGCGGCUUCAAUCCCUUGGGGUCUGUGGGUGUUUCAGACCACAGAGAAAGGACUGCUGCUGCGGGGGUGAUACCUGCACUACGUGGAACUGGCCAGGGCCUCCACAGGGUCUCUCUUGCAGUCUGCCCUCCUACCUGUGGACACAUCUUCAUGCCCAUCGCAAGGAGCACAGUGUUCUCUACCCUGCAGGGACUGCAGGCAGCCCCGAUGGCAGAUGGCUGAGGUCAGGGCCUGGGGCCUGCAGGUUCAGUGUUAUUCCUUGGACCUCAGUCACCACAUCUCACAUUCCUUCUGCUGGCAUUCCACUCAUUCUACAAGGAUGGGCUGGCACUUGGAGAUGAGUGCUCCCUGAAUUGAGCCCUCUGAAACAGGUGAGGCCCCCAUACCAUCCCUGAACUGGGACCAGAGGGAGCUGGGUAGAGUCCCCCCUUGCUCACAUCUCACCAACGGGCACAAGACACUAAACGGAAAGAAGGUGCCUUUAUGUAGCUUUUGGUGAUGUCACUAUGAUGGCUGUCCUGUGGACCAGCAGGCCCACCAGACUGGUGCUACUGGGAAAAGCUGCUGAAAAGCCCCUUGUCACCCGCUGGCCCAGACAAUUCCCUCCGUGGAUCCACCAGAUCUGCCCUUCCAUGUCUGGGUCUCCCAGAUUUGCAUUUGGUCUCUUAUCUGCUUUUGUUUGGUGAAGCCAGUGAACUCUUGUUAACCUCAGAGCUGUGGGUUCUCCAGCAAAGGUGUGGGGUCCCCUGAGGACCAGUCUUAGCCACACAAGAUGUUUCUCCUCUCAAGGACUUUGGAAAGGAGGCCUGAAUGUGGGUGCUUGGCUUUUCUUCCCCAUCCCCCCUUUUUGGGGGAGGGUUCUGGGGGUGGAACCUAGGGUUGCACACAUGUUGGGCCAGCGAGCUGUACCCCAAGACCCCACCCAGCUUUGGCCCCCUGACAGCAGUGGCUCUGUCUUUUUAGAGGAGCUGGGCCUCAAGAUGGGUCCUUUCCUGGCCCUGGGCUGCUUUGUGGGGACACAGGCUUUGCUGUUGUCCCUUGAUGGUAACUAUGGAAAUAGGAACAUCUCUUGCUCCAAAUCUGACGGCCAUUUGUCUGCCCAAGGUAACUUGAGAGCUCCAGAUGUUUGGAGGUGGCUUGCCUUCUACCAUCAGGGACUUUAUUUAUCAUAAUAAAUAAGGAAGGAAGAGACCUGGGAGGUGCCUCCAGCAUUUUGGAAUGUUUAGGCUGCAUUGUGACAUCAGCUGCCACCUCUUGUCUCCCCUGCUGGCUUGGUAUAUGACCUCACUGAGCUGCCAGCCUGCUGUCCUCCAGCCCUCUAGUCACCUGGGCCUCCUCACUGUUGGCUCCAGCACAUUCUUACCUGAUGGGCUCACGGGCAGCUGGGGUGUGGUCGGGUGUGUGCACAGAUUGCGUGUUUUCACUGUUGAGCUCCCUCUCAUGUUUUCUAAGUAUCCAUUGUACCUUAUGCUUCUCUGCCUGCCCUUUGGGACAAAGCAGUAUUCUACUAAAAUCUCUUUGAAUGUCCUCA